CUAAAAAGAGAGAGAACAGAAUGGCCUCUCUAAACUCACCGGAUUCCUCUCCUCCAAACAUCUCCUUCUCCAUCAAAGAAACCAGAAAAACAACCACCACCACCACCUCCUCCUCCACCGAAAACGCUGCCAGCCACCGAUUUUACCGGAGCAUUUCCACCAAAGAACCUUCCUUUUCUCAAUUCCCCUUCACCCCUCCUCACCUCAACAACUGCCCUUCUCUCCCUCAAAGCUUCCACAACUCCCCUACCUCCUCCCCACUCCACCCGGCCGCCACGGCAGCUAAGCUCACUGACAUCUUGAUUUCUCAUCGGUGUGUGUCUUCCGUCUUAAAAAAAGACGGACAGAUCUUAUCCAUUGCCAUAUUUAAUGAAAUUUUAUAUACCGGCUCUGAUACCAAUUUAAUAAGGAUUUGGAAACUGCCCGACUUUAUCGAGUGCGGGCAGCUUAAAACAAAGACUUGCAUGGCGGUGGCCUUGCAGGCUUCUCAUGAUAAAGUUUAUGCGGCAUAUAGUGAUUGUAAGAUUCGUGUUUGGCGGCGGAGUUGGAACAGAGGCCUCAAACAUUUCCGCCUUGCCACUAUUCCGGCCACCGGAAGUUAUGUCCGAAGUUACAUUUCAGGGAAGGACAAAAUGUUGAAGCACAUGGGUCCAAUAACUUCACUAGCGAUCAACAUUUCCGACGACGUUCUAUACUCAUCAUCACUCGACAAAUCAGUAAAAAUUUGGCGAAUCUCCGAUUUCAAAUGCAUAGAAACAAUCCAAGCCCAUUCCGAGCCAAUCAACGCCAUCAUUGCCGCCGACGACGGCCUUCUCUACACCGCCUCCGACGACGCUACCAUUAAGGUCUGGCGGCGCAACUUCUCCCGCAGCGAUCACCCUCCUCACUCCCUCGUCGUCACCCUCCCAGCCAAAUUCUCUCCGGUCAAAACACUCACCCUCGCCACCAACUCCGGCCUCAUCUACGGCGGUUGCAGUGACGGCUACCUCCACUUCUGGCUCAAAGGCUGGUUCUCCGGCCAGCUCCAAUACGGCGGCGCUUUGCAAGGCCACACCCAUGCGGUCAUGUGUUUGGCCACCGUUGGAAAGUACGUGGUCAGUGGCUCCGCUGAUUCCACGUGUCGCGUGUGGGCCAGGGAUGAGGUAGAUUGUCAGGUGCACACGUGUCUGGCGGUGUUGGUUGGCCACCGGGGCCCGGUGAGAUGCGUGGCGGUGUUUUCUGGCUCCGGUUCUGAGGAGGUGGCGGAGGAGGACGACGGCGGCUGCACCAUCUGUAGCGGAAGCCUCGACGGCGUUCUUAAAGUUUGGCGCGUGACGUGCACGGAAAACGAAACGCGUAACCGGGCUUUGCAGAAUGAGACUGACUAUUUUAAUUUGUAGAGGAAGAGCUAAAGAGCUAACUUUAGUUAAUUAAUUAUUAAGUUAAAAUUGA